UGGAUCCAACCGAGGCAUAUGAGUCCGACAAAUCGACGAUAACUUUUUCAACCAAUGAGUUCCAUUUCUUAAAAAUGUCUGGCGUUUCUUAAACCUUGAUAAAUUAAUAUCACAAAAUUUCAACCAAUGUGUUUUCGAUCUCUACACACACACAGGCAGCACCACACACUCAUCAGGAGAUCGAUCUUCUGAAAGUCGUGAAAAAGGCGUCCAGCCUCGGCCUGCAGUUCCCUCUCGCCGUCCGAUUCCCCGAUGUGCUGCGAAAUCGGCUCGAAUCGAUUCAAUCGGCGUUCGAAUCGCGCGGCUACGGCGCACAUUUUCAGGGGGUUUACCCUGUGAAGAGCAAUCAGGACAGGUUUGUGGUGAAGGACAUCGUUGAGUUCGGGUCGGGCUGGAAUUCGGAUCCAAACCGGAGCUUCUCUUAGCGAUGAGCUGCCUCUGCAGCGGAAGCCCCGACGCGCUUCUGAUCUGCAACGGAUUCAAGGAUGCAGAGUACGUUUCUCUCGCGCUUGUAGCGAAGAAACUGCACUUUAAUUCCGUGAUCGUGCUUGAGGAAGAGGAUGAGCUCGACGCCGGCCGGAAACUGGGCAUCCGCCCCUUGAUUGGCCUGCGUGCGAAGCUGCGGACGAAGCACGCCGGCCAUUUCGGCUCCACCUCCGGCGAGAAAGAUUUGCAAGGACGACGGAGGGCAAGGGGGACAUUUCCGUUCAAAAAGGAAGGGCAUAUAAGUCAUGACAGACAUUAGUAUAUUUUUUUUAGUGGAAUGACUAAUGGCUACCAAAUGAUGUAUUAACUCACAAAAUAUUUGUACCAAACACCAUCAUAACAAUGAUUAGCUAUUUAAAAUCAUAGAAAAAUCCACUAUAUGGGAACUUCAUAAACCUCA